GCCGCGCUCGGUGCACUUGGGCGAGAGCUGGAACGCGGACCAGAUCUUCGAUCCCAGCGCAGCCACCGCGAUGAGAGGCGCUCAAGGCGCCUGGGAUUUUCUCCGCCUUCUGCUCUUCCUGCUCCGCGUCCAGACAGGCUCUUCUCAACCAUCUGUGAGUCCAGGAGAACUGUCUCCACCAUUCAUCCAUCCAGCAAAAUCAGAGUUAAUAGUCAGCGUUGGCAGUGAGCUCCGGCUGCUGUGCACCGAUCCGGGCUUUGUCAAAUGGACUUUCGAGAUCCUUAAUCAGAUUCGUGAGAAUAAGCUCAAUGAAUGGAUCAUGGAAAAAGCAGAGGCCACCAACACAGGCAGAUACACGUGCACCAAUGAACAUGGCUUAAGCAGUUCCAUUUAUGUAUUUGUUAGAGACCCCGCCAAGCUUUUCCUUGUCGACCGGUUCUUGUAUGGGAAAGAAGACACCGACACGCUGGUCCGCUGUCCUCUGACAGACCCCGGGGUGGCCAACUACUCCCUCACAGGGUGCCAGGGGAAACCUCUUCCCAAGGACCUGAGGUUUAUUCCUGACCCCAAGGCUGGCAUCAUGAUCAGAAGUGUGAAGCGUGCCUACCACCGGCUCUGCCUGCACUGCUCUGCUGACCAGGAGGGCAAGUCAGUGCUGUCGGACAAAUUCAUCCUGAAAGUGCGGCCAGCCUUCAAAGCUAUACCAGUUGUGUCUGUGUCCAAAGCAAGGUACCUUCUUAGAGAAGGGGAAGAAUUCUCAGUGACAUGCACGGUAAAAGACGUGUCCAGCUCUGUGGACUCCGUGUGGAUAGGGGAGAAUGGUCAGACUAAAGCACAGGUAAAACAAAACAGCUGGCAUCACGGUGACUUCAAUUAUGAACGUCAGGAGACGCUGACUGUCAGCUCAGCAAGAGUUAACGAUUCUGGAGUGUUCACGUGUUAUGCCAAUAAUACUUUUGGAUCGGCAAAUGUCACAACAACCUUGGAAGUAGUAGAUAAAGGAUUCAUUAAUACCUUCCCCAUGAUGAACACCACGAUGUUUGUAAAUGAUGGAGAAAAUGUAGAUUUGAUUGUUGAAUACGAGGCAUACCCCAAACCUGAACACCAGCAGUGGACGUACAUGAACAGGACCUUCGCUGAUAAGUGGGAGCAUUACCCCAAGUCUCAGAAUGAAAGUAAUAUCAGAUAUGUCAGUGAACUUCACUUAACCAGAUUAAAAGGGACCGAAGGAGGCACUUACACAUUUCUAGUGUCCAAUUCUGACGUCAAUGCUUCCACAGCAUUUAAUGUUUAUGUGACCACAAAACCAGAAAUCCUGACUUACGACAGGCUCAUGAAUGGCAUGCUCCAGUGUGUGGCUGCCGGGUUCCCUGAGCCCACCAUAGAUUGGUACUUUUGUCCAGGAACUGAGCAGAGAUGCUCAGCUCCUGUACUGCCAGUGGGUGUACAGACCCAGAACUCAUCCGGGCCACCCUUCGGCAGACUGGUGGUUCAGAGCUCCAUAGAUUCUAGUGCAUUCAAGCACAAUGGCACGGUUGAGUGUAAGGCCUCCAACGAUGUGGGCAAGACUUCUGCCUAUUUUAACUUUGCAUUUAAAGGUAACAACAAAGAGCAAAUCCACUCCCACACCCUGUUCACCCCUCUGCUGAUCGGCUUCGUGGUAGUAGCUGGUAUGAUGUGUGUCAUUGUGAUGAUUCUCACCUACAAAUAUGUACAGAAGCCAAUGUAUGAAGUACAGUGGAAGGUUGUUGAGGAGAUAAAUGGAAACAAUUAUGUUUACAUAGACCCAACACAACUUCCUUAUGAUCACAAGUGGGAGUUUCCCAGGAACAGGCUGAGUUUUGGGAAAACUUUGGGGGCUGGCGCCUUUGGGAAAGUCGUUGAGGCAACUGCGUAUGGCUUAAAUAAGUCCGAUUCGGCUAUGACCGUGGCUGUGAAGAUGCUCAAACCAAGUGCCCAUUUAACGGAACGAGAAGCCCUGAUGUCUGAGCUCAAAGUCCUUAGCUACCUGGGUAAUCAUAUGAACAUUGUGAACCUUCUCGGCGCAUGCACCAUUGGAGGGCCCACCUUGGUCAUUACGGAAUAUUGUUGCUAUGGUGAUCUUUUGAAUUUUUUGAGACGAAAACGUGAUUCAUUUAUUUGCUCAAAGCAGGAAGAUCACGCAGAAGCAGCACUUUAUAAGAACCUUCUACAUUCAAAGGAGUCGACCUGCAGUGACAGCACUAAUGAAUACAUGGACAUGAAACCUGGAGUUUCUUACGUUGUCCCAACCAAGGCAGACAAACGGAGAUCUGCACGAAUAGGCUCCUACAUAGAGAGAGACGUGACCUCUGCCAUCAUGGAGGAUGAUGAGUUGGCCCUGGACCUGGAAGACCUCCUGAGCUUUUCUUACCAGGUGGCAAAGGGCAUGGCUUUCCUCGCCUCCAAGAACUGUAUUCACAGAGACUUGGCAGCCAGAAAUAUCCUGCUUACUCACGGUCGAAUCACAAAGAUUUGUGAUUUUGGUCUAGCCAGAGACAUCAAGAAUGAUUCUAAUUACGUGGUGAAAGGAAAUGCUCGUCUGCCUGUGAAGUGGAUGGCACCUGAGAGCAUUUUCAACUGUGUGUACACAUUUGAAAGUGAUGUCUGGUCCUAUGGGAUUUUUCUGUGGGAGCUGUUUUCUUUAGGAAGCAGCCCUUACCCUGGAAUGCCAGUCGAUUCUAAGUUCUACAAGAUGAUCAAGGAAGGCUUCCGAAUGCUCAGCCCUGAGCACGCACCUGCUGAAAUGUAUGACAUCAUGAAGACUUGCUGGGAUGCUGAUCCUCUAAAAAGGCCAACAUUCAAGCAGAUCGUUCAGCUGAUAGAGAAGCAGAUUUCAGAUAGCACCAGUCAUAUUUACUCCAACUUAGCAAACUGCAACCCCAACCCUGAGCACCCCGUGGUGGACCAUUCCGUGAGGAUCAACUCCGUCGGCAGCACUGCCUCCUCCUCCCAGCCCCUGCUCGUGCAUGAAGACAUCUGAGCAGGAAUGUUGGGGUCCCCGGUGCAGGAAUGACCCCUGUUUCUCAGCUUCCUUGGUGGUUCUUUUGUUUUCUUUUGACUUGCACCCUACUCCAGGGUAGUGGCACCCACUGUAAUCCUGUCUUUCUAAGCACACUUUAGUGGCCGGUGACUUUUUUCAUCAGCCACCAUUCUAUUGCAAAGGUUCGAAAUGUACAUAUUCCCAAUAGCAAAGUAGCUCCUACUAUAACAAGGAAAAAAGAAAUAUUCUGAUUUGGAAAAAGAGAGGGAUGGAUGGGCUGAAUGUCCAGAAUUCUUUCCGAGGAUUUUCUGAUUUCUGUUCAGAGUAUAUGGUUGAUCGUUAAUCUGAGUAAGUGAUAGUAGUCUCAUUGGCCUUGAACCAUCCAGAGUGAUAGGAUGAUGCAGCAUUAGAAGCUAAAACCUAACCCUGGAAAACAAUAUUAUUAGAGCAAAGGACACAUGUGAACAUCUGAACUUAAGAAAUCUAGUAUUUCAUGCUGGGAUUGAGGCAGAGGCCGUGAAAAAUCUUUAUUCAUGCUUACUCCCUAGGCCUGAGCAAAGGCACUUCAGUGCAGACUCCUGCGUGAGCUACUAUACUGCUGACCUGGGUUUAAAGUAAGAGUUUGAGGCAGUGCGCUGUGGCUCACGCCGGUAAUGCUGGCACUCUGAGAGGCUGAGGUGGGUGAAUUGCUUGAGCUCAUGAGUUUGAGACCAGCCCGAGCAAGAGUGAGACCCCGUCUCUAAAAAUAGCUGGGCAUUGUGGCGGAUAUCUGUAGUCACAGCUACUCUGGAGACUCAGGCAAGAGAAUCCCUUUAUCCCAAGAAUUUGAGGUUGCUGUGAGCUGUGACGCCAAGGCACUCUACCAAGAGUGACAAAGUGAUAAUAAUAAGAGUGACAAAAAAUAAUAAUAAAAUUCAAAAAAUAAGAGUUUGCUCUUAGGCAGUUAAAUUGGAGAGAAGGCCUCCCCAGCCAGCAUUUGUAUAUAUAUUCUUCUAUAAAUCGUCCAUGUUCAUACAUUUGAGGGGGCAAACCCACUAGGUUUAGUUAUCUGUAUACAAUCCUAGCAUUUCUGUUCACUGUGUGUGCAUUAGAUUAUGAGCCAUAUAAGUUUAAAGGAAGCAGUUAAUACUUUAAGGAAAAAAAAUAUAACUGCCAAGCACAAUCUUAAGAAAAUCUCCUCUUUUAGCUGAUGAACUUGCUCUGGAGAUUCUCCAGAACGAGCCCACCAGCUUCAGAAUGGCAUUAUAUUCAAUGGAUUUGAUACUGUCUGGAAAACUUCCUGACUGACUGCAUGACUCCUCAUGAGUGAGAAGACAGUGCUGUCUUGGCUUGGAUUGUUAUGUAGCAGGAGAUAACAUUUAGAUUCAGCCUCCUUUACAGGCAUGUCCUGGACACCAGGCCAGUAUCUAUAUAAGAGAGAGAGAGUGUGUGGUGUGUGUGUGUGUGUGUGCGUGUGUGCGUGCGUGUGCAUGCACACAAAUGUGUAGACAAGUAUUUUGGGAGGUAUUCUUGCCCUGAGUCUAAGUGGGUCCUUCAAUCCCCAAAGAAGAACUUGGCUUUCAUCAUCAGUACUGCCCUGUUUUCUCUGCACGCAGCUUCCUGGAGUAACUCACCAAAAGCUCCCAUAGAGGCAUGCAAGAAGCGAAAGGCUUCCGUCCCUCACUGCAGCCCAUCUGCAUUUAAGGCACUCUGUUAUUUAGACUUAACAUACUGUACGCAUUUCUUAGACCUUAUAUAAUGCUACUGUACCACUGAGACAUGUUUAAAUUUUACCCUUUAGAAGUUUAGACUGUAGCCUGGAUAUUAUUCUUGUAGUUUACCUGUUUUUUCCCCUCCACCGCCCAGUAUAAAAGGUAAAUGUGUACAAGGCAAGCUUUGUGUGUUGUCUUGCAAGAUUCAGGUAUGUUACCUUCACGGUUCCUCCCACCCCACGUCCUUUAGACCACAUUUAGAGAACUGUAGCCAUUGUCUGGAAGUAACCAUUUGCACUGGAGUUCUGUGCUUUCGCACCUUCCCAAAGUUAACAGGUUUGGGGGUUGUGUUGUCAUCUGAGAGACUGUUGCUCUUGCCAUACUUCGUCUGAAACUCCCUUUGUGUUUCCGCUGACUUCGAUGAUAGUGAAAGUGGCUGUGAACUGUAGACGCCUAGGUACUUCAGGGGCACUUCAUCAAGAGUUUUGUCUUGGAUAUUCUUGAAAGUUUAUAUUUUUAUAAUUUUUUCUUACAUCAGAUGUUUCUUUUGCAGUGGCUUAAUGUUUGAAAUUAUUUUGUGGCUUUUUUUGUAAAUAUUGAAAUGUAGCAAUAAUGUCUUUUGAAUAUUCCUAAGCCCAUGAGUCCUUGAAGAUAUUUUUUAUAUAUACAGUAACUAUAUGUGUAAAUAUUAAAUGGCGUAAGUGUAAAGGGUGUUGGUGUUUCAUGUGUUCUAUUACCCAUAUGUUGUCCAAUUGUUGACAGUUCUGAAGAAUUCUAAUAAAAAUGUAAAUAUAUAAAUCAAA